AUGGGAGUUGCGUGUACUAUGAUUGCUGCGACAACCUACAAAUUAGGAGCACACGUUGAUUUGGUGGUUGAUAUUGAUAAUAUAGUGAAAUUAAUGAAGACAUUAUACGCCCUUCAGAUAGCACUAUUGAUUGCUCUAGGCGCAAUCCGUGCCUCUCUCCUCCUCUUCAUUAGACGCCUUUCGAAAACCUCUUCUAAACCUAUUUACAUGAUUACAACCAUUCUCGUUCAUAUUAGCACAGCCCAUAUAACCGUCUCUAUCUUCUCAUCAAUCUUUCGAUGCAAUCCUAUUAGCACCAUCUGGACUCCCGGUGCUGUAAAAUACACCUGCACGAACAUCGUGGCUGUCUACGUGCUUGUUUCUGUCGGGCUAGCGAUCGAUGCUCUUAUGUUCCUAUUACCAGCAAUAUUGGUCAUCGAGUUACAUAUUACCAAAAAGAAGAAAAUUCAGAGCCUCGUUAUGUUUGCAUUGGGCGGAGGUGGCUGUAUUAUUGAAGCCCUGCGGUUUGGCCAACUACAAGAAACAAAGACCAGCCCCGAUCCCAUCUAUAGCGCUGGGAAGGUAGUAAUCUUCCUUUUUAUUCAAGUUGUUCUUGGAAUGCUCUGUUGCUGUGCGCCGUCCAUAAAAGCUUUUGGAACCAGAGUCCUCAACUCGAAGUUCAAACACCAAAGCUUCGAGUCAUAUUCCGAUAACAUAGGUGCGAAUAUCGCCCGUGAAAUUGGUAAUACGACACAUCCCCAAGACAAUAUAGAAAUUGGAGACAAUUCAAGAUUUGGAGAAAAUUCUGCACAAUCCUUUGAGGGGCAUAUAGAAAUGGAUACACAGCAAAACGGCAAAGACGGAGCAGCAGUUGGGGGCCGAAUCAUGGACCUAAAGGAAGUUUUGAAACUCUAUAGUGAGGAGACAAACUCGUUGUCUGCCAUCCAGAGCAACAAGGCCUCUCAAAAUUCGAGGACUAAUAGUAGUCUGUAUGAAGAAUUUAAUGCUAGGCCUAUGGAAUGGGGGAGGCAGCUAUGA